AUGGGGUUCAAGGACUUUCUUAAGAACCGCUCCGGUCUUCGCGUGGAUAAUCGCAAGACUACCUCAGCUGCAACGCUAACUUUGCGCCAGAGUUUAUGGCCGCUGAGCUUGGUGACGAUCCUGUUCUUUCUAUGGGGCUUCGCCUACGGCCUUCUCGAUACGCUCAACAAGCAUUUCCAGAACACAUUGCAUAUUGAUCGAGGACGCUCGGCUGGGCUCCAGGCAGCCUACUUUGGGGCCUACCCGCUCGCCUCCCUGGGCUACGCCAACUGGAUCCUGCGUCACUACGGCUACAAGACUGUCUUCAUCUUCGGCCUGGCCCUGUAUGGCAUCGGUGCACUUUGCAUGUGGCCCGCUGGCCUGAACCAGUCCUUUGGCGGCUUCUGCGGCGCAACAUUUGUGAUCGGAUCUGGGCUGGGCUCUCUUGAGACAGCCGCGAAUCCAUACUUAACCGUCUGCGGCCCACCCCGCUACUCCGAGAUCCGAAUCAACUUCGCCCAAGCCUUCAACGCCAUCGGCACGGUUGUCGGGCCCGUGCUUGGUUCCUACGCCUUCUUCACUGAGACAGCAGACGAUGUCUCCGCCCUCCAGCGUGUCCAGUGGGUCUACCUCGCCAUCGGCGUCUUCGUCUUCUGUCUCGCGGCCGUGUUCUUCGUCUCGAAUAUCCCCGAGGUCACAGACGAGGAUAUGGCCUUCCAGGUCUCGACAACGCAUGUCGAGGAGCAGGAUCGCCCGUUCUGGAAACAGUACAAGCUUUUCCAUGCCACGCUGGCUCAGUUUACGUAUACCGGGGCCCAGGUGGCUAUCGCGGGCUACUUCAUCAACUAUGCCGUCGAUACCUGGCCCGGUACCGACAGCGCGAAGGGCGCGAAGCUGCUCGCUGGCGCACAGGGCGCGUUCGCCGUGGGCAGAUUCCUUGGCUCGGGGCUGAUGAAGUAUACGCGGGCGCGGUACAUCUUCCUGGCUUAUAUCUCCUGCUGCGUAGCUUUCCUCGCGGCGGCCAUCACGCAGCGCGAGCAGCGUGGUAUAGAGAAUACCAAUCCUCAGUCAUACACUGUUACAAUCGAGGUCAUCGACUCGGGGAUUGGUGUGCCAGAGGAUGCAGCUGCCACACUGUUCAACCCUUUUAGUCGAUUUGCCGAUUCUGCGACAAGGCGAUACCAGGGAACGGGUCUCGGCGUAUCUAUUUGCAAAAGCCUCGCAGAGCUUAUGAACGGCACUAUCGGCUUUCAUGCGAACCCUGACGGACCCGGUAGCGUAUUCUGGAUGUCAACCAAGAUGCGACGCCUUGACUCCGCGAUAGCGCCGCAGGCGAGACGUAUCUCGAUACCGGCGGCACCCACACCACCAUUCGAUGCGACUGACCUUCUUAAGAAGCUUGCCCCGCAGAAACAAGUUCUUCUUGUCGAGGACAACAAAGUGAACCAAACCAUCAUGCUCAAGCUGCUGGCCAGUUUGGGUUUCCAGCGAGUAGAUGCUGCGUGGGAUGGCGCUGAAGCCGUCCGCAUGGUGAAGCAGAAGCCCCUGGCGUACCAUGUCAUUCUGAUGGAUAUCAAUAUGCCCGUGAUGAAUGGGAUUACCGCGACGGAACAUAUACGAGCGAUGAAUCUCAAUGUCCCGAUCAUUGCCCUGACCGGCAAUGCUCUGAAGGGCGAUGCGGAGAACAUACUUGGCUAA